UCAAACGCGGCGCUAACGGGCCGCGCCGGGCAGAGCGACGCCGGCUGCGGGGCUGCGGCAGAGGGUGAAAUUCCUCUUUUAGGCUGAAAAAGACUUUCCUCCCUCACCUGUGAUUUCAACCAUGAUUCACAGCCUGUUUCUGAUCAAUUCCUCUGGGGAUAUUUUCCUCGAGAAGCACUGGAAAAGCGUGGUCAGCCGUUCUGUUUGUGAUUACUUUUUUGAGGCCCAAGAGAGAGCGACUGAGGCAGAAAAUGUUCCUCCUGUGAUCCCAACCCCUCACCAUUAUCUCUUGAGUGUCUACCGUCACAAGAUUUUCUUUGUGGCUGUGAUCCAGACGGAGGUGCCACCACUGUUUGUCAUCGAGUUCUUGCAUCGUGUGGUGGACACGUUUCAGGAUUAUUUUGGAGUCUGUUCGGAAGUAGUGAUCAAAGACAAUGUUGUUGUGGUUUAUGAAGUGCUGGAGGAGAUGCUUGAUAAUGGGUUCCCAUUGGCUACUGAGUCAAAUAUCCUGAAGGAGCUGAUAAAACCUCCCACCAUCUUGCGAACCGUUGUCAACACUAUCACAGGAAGCACCAACGUGGGUGACCAACUUCCUACAGGGCAGCUCUCUGUAGUGCCGUGGAGACGGACUGGGGUGAAAUAUACCAAUAACGAGGCAUACUUUGAUGUGAUUGAGGAGAUUGAUUCUAUCAUUGACAAGUCAGGUUCCACGAUCACCGCUGAGAUCCAGGGUGUGAUUGAUGCCUGUGUUAAGCUGACUGGGAUGCCUGACCUCACACUUUCCUUCAUGAACCCCAGGUUGCUGGACGAUGUCAGUUUCCAUCCAUGUGUUCGCUUCAAGCGCUGGGAAUCUGAGCGCAUCCUCUCCUUCAUCCCCCCGGAUGGAAACUUCCGCCUGCUGUCCUAUCACGUCAGUGCUCAGAAUUUGGUGGCAAUUCCUGUAUAUGUCAAACAUAACAUCAGUUUCCGGGAUAGUAGCUCACUGGGACGCUUUGAAAUCACAGUGGGGCCCAAGCAAACCAUGGGGAAGACUAUAGAGGGAGUGAUUGUCACAAGUCAGAUGCCUAAAGGGGUCCUGAAUAUGAGUCUCACCCCUUCCCAGGGAGCACACACAUUUGACCCAGUCACCAAGCUGCUCUCCUGGGAUGUAGGGAAAAUAAAUCCCCAGAAGUUGCCAAGUUUGAAGGGAACCAUGAGCCUCCAAGCUGGGGCCUCCAAACCUGAUGAGAACCCUACAAUCAACCUGCAGUUUAAAAUCCAGCAACUGGCGAUCUCUGGACUGAAAGUAAAUCGUCUGGAUAUGUACGGAGAGAAGUACAAGCCCUUCAAGGGCAUAAAAUACAUGACCAAAGCUGGAAAGUUCCAAGUGCGAACCUGAAGCAGAGCCCGAUACCGAAUGAAAAACCACGACACUCUUUCAUUUCUGUCUUACCUAGGGAUCAAAAAUCAGCUGUUCCUUCCUGCAUUAGUCCCCUCUGGGGUCUGCACCCCCCUUUUGCUGCAUUGAUUCUUUCUGGGUCUUUGGUCUCACUGAACUAAUCAAGAGAGAAAAGAGGGUCACUGGGGAGAGCCUGGGCACAUCUGAAACAGUAUCCAUUAGCCCUGAUGUAAUACAGAAGAGACCUACUAAUUUGUUCAUCCAAGGGGAAAGAUAAAGUGGACAAAGGGAGGGGAAAACUCAUACUUUUUUUCUUCUUUUUGUGAAUUCAGAAAUGAUUCAUUUUAAAAAAAAAAAGUUUUCAAAGAAAGGGGACUAAAGCAGCGAAGGAAGAGUCAAUUGGGGAUUUGAUUUUUGAGAGAGGAAAAGGAGACACAAGAAAUACGGCGCCUUUAGAGAAGGGACUUGGCAGGGAGAGCAUGUUAGAAUGAGGAAUGGUGGGGGGAGGAGUCCAAGAGGGUUCUGAAGGGAUCGUUCCAUCCAUGGCCAGGUAGGACAGACUUAAAGAGAUAUCUGAGUUGUUUUCUUGCCAGCACAGAGAACUCUCUCAUAGAUCUAUUUAAUAUUUGAGCCUCAAGGGGUAAACUAGAAUUUCCCAAAUAAAGUUUACUCACUCCAGAACCACCAAAACUCGGUGGGAUCAAAAUUAUCCUGCAGGGAACAACAGCCUGAAACCUAAAAUCUUGAGUGUGAGUUGCUCUGAGAUAUUGCCCUCCCAUCAAUUCAGUAUUCAAAAACAGUGAGAUCUUCUAUCAUCCUCUCCCCUGGAAAUAAAGGAGAUGAGUGUGGCUGGACCCCACUCUAUUUUAGAAUGUGUUUCAGGGAGCUGUGGAAAUUAAAUUUCCAACCCUCUCUUCCAUCCCAAAUUUAGUUUAUUCUCUUACCUUCCCUGUAGAACCCUGCCCCCCUCUGUGUAACAGAGAUAGGGAGGGGCAGCAGUGGCUGAGCUUUAGCCCUGCUUCCUCCCAUGAUGGGGUGUCUUCUGGUUGGAAGUGGACAGUCCCUUGGGGUUCAGGUUACUCUCAAAGCCUGCUGAGCAGCAUUAGCUAAGUGUGUGUAUGGGAGGGGGGGCCUUCUGGUUGUGGCAGCUGCCGCCAAAGCUAUAGUUUCUGGCCCUGCCUAGAGCUGGCCUUCCAGACCCCAAGAUAUCUAUCCAUCUCACGAAUCCAGAACUGUGUCAUUAAUUUUAGGAGACUGGGUGAUAUUCCAUUUUUAUGACUGGCUUAAAGUAUGCAGAAGAGCUAUUUAAAUAUUUAUUAAAACUAUGUUUGGGAACAUUUGUAGUAACCUAAUGGAGAGUUGCUGGGCUCUUUUUUUCUGGCAACUUGAAAUGAAUGAAGACAUCUAUCUUCUCAUUCAUGGAGUUUUUGUGUUUAGUACAGUGCUCUGCACCCAGUAAGCACUCAAUAAAUCCUAUUGAUCGACUGACUGUUUAAAGCCCUGUUCCAUGCUAUUGCCUGUGAAUUAACUACCCGUCUUACCGCCUUACAUCCACAGACUUGCUUUUGCUGUUCUGAAUAAUGUGAAAUUCCAUGUGGCAUUCUAAAGUUCUCUAAAGUGACUUUGCCGAGUUCCACUAGAUGUGUGUCUUGCUCCCUUCCCGUUGGUCCCGGGCUCCCUCCACUUCAUGGAUUUUGGGAAACUGUGCAGAUAGGAACCCGCCGCUUCAAAAUGGGUCUUCAGUUCAGUGUUCCAUGCCAUGUCUCUCAGGUAUACCCGCUGGAAGAGCAGUGGAAAAAUUUCUCCCAGUGUUCUGCGGAAUUCAGAGAGGCAUUGAAACCAGAGGGAUGUUUCAAGGCAAAAAAAAUCCUGUGCAUUCUUUUGCAGGGCUGGUGCAUUGAAACUUGGGAGUUAAGAGAUGGGGGUGGGGGUACCUCAGCACAGCAGGGAGGGCAGGGGAAUGCUGAAGGAAUGAAUGUCCUUUCAGGGUGGUCCCCAAAUAGCUGUGUUGUCUCUGUGGAUGUACAUGUAGAGCACAGAGGUAGCUGCUGGAUUAGACCUUAAUAAAGGUCAUUUUUACCAGUCGC